AUAUUCCUUAUAACUGGGUGGGGGGGGGGGGGGUUCUCAGUUUGGAGAAAACUCAGAGAACACUCUCUUUACACUUGAGCCUCCCCCUAAACAGCUGGAACUGGACUGCACAAAAAGCAGUGAAACAGCAACAGAAAGAAAAGGAAACCAAAAGCUACUGAUGAAAGAGACAUAAGUUGAAACAGAAAUCGGACUAAAAUGGCUGUGAAUAGAUGCAAAUACGUGGUAUGUUUGUUAACUAACUUUCAGAUUAAGGUCAGAGUUUCAUACGUCAACAGAGAGAAUGAGGCUGUAUAAUGCUCACCUAACUCUCUGAAUGGGCCAUGGAGGACAUGGUUGUGCCUGAGGAGGGCAAUCCUAUAGCCACUGACUCCCUUCCAAUGGACAGAUCAGACCAGGAAUCUAAAUCCCUUCUGUCAAGUCCAACCCAUGUGCUUCGAUCCAUCAUUUCCUCAUCUCUAAGCUCCCACACCCAGCUACACCAACAUGCUUCUGCAUUAUCAUCCCCACAGUCAAAGCUGAAAUCUCAUUCAGAGCACAAGGCAAAUUGGAACCAGCCAGUUUUCCACAGGUCAGCUUCAUCUCAUACAGGUGUCUUGGGAUUUAGCAGCAGUGAUGAAGACAUGGAAGCUCAUGCUGCGGAUUUCACCAUCCGCACUCCUGAUGAUAAAAAUAUCAUUGCUCCCAUGGAACAUGGAGAAGCAGUAUUUCUGGACAACAUGAGAGACAACAUCUGCAAUGCUAAACAAGAUAUGUCCUUGUGUCACAACAAACUAUGGAGUUCACCCAAGAGUUUUUGGAGGAUUACCAGGCAAGAACCCACACUGUCAAACGGACGUGAGGUUUCAGAAAGUGGGGUCAUGUCCAAGCAUACAGCUCUAAAAACGGAUUCAAUUAUUCAGGCAGAGAUAAAAAGAUCAGACAGCACAGAGAGCCAUCCUCAGAACUGCAGUACAAGUGACUCAGGCCUGGUAGUUGGAACAGGAAGCAAACUUUGGCGUGCGGAGAGUCUGGAGAGCAUCUGCAGCAGUGGAAGCUGUCUCUCACUAGCGGAGAGAGUGGAGAUAAACCGAACGCUCCUCAGACAGAUGCUUCAGAAAACCCAGAGAAGGAACGGUGAGGGGCAGCAUGCAACAGUUACUGAUCAGAGGGUGGAGAAUACACAUAGCAGAGGUGCGCUGAAUGACAGUGACUGGGAUUCUGGGAUUUCUCUUCAUGACAGUGAACAAAGUAACAGGUCCUUUGUCUCGGGCACUGAGUUGCCGCUCAGUCCUCGCCAUGAACAGGCCAAACAACUGCUGGAGCGUGCUCGCAUGAAGGCCCGCUCAAACCCUCUGAAAGCCGACCACACCAUUCUACCCGUCCAGAGGGACAAGCCGGAGCUGCUGUCUCGUGUCGGAGCACCAGUGCAGCAGGCUCCUCUUGCGGGUACGGAACGGGUGGUGGUUGGCUCGGGAAACCUCAGCGACUCAUCUAGCAGUGACUCAACUGGAGGGUCUCGACGUCGACGUACGCAUGGUCAGUCUCCAACACGUGUGCGUUUUCAAGAUGAAUCAGAGGAAGAUGCUGAAGUGCGUUACUUGGAACGACAGCGGAGACGAGCUGGAGAGAGGGCACAGGGACUGCUGGGAGCCAAGCCCAGUUUGGCAACAUACAUCAAUAGCAAGAGACCUGAGGACAAAUACAAAAACAGAUGGAGUCAAGAGAAAUUACCUGAUGCUAAUAGUCAAUAUGAACCCGAGGCUGUGGGUCAACAGUGCAACUCUUGUGGAACGAUAUUUAGAGAUUUUUCAGAUUCUCACAUCUUUCAAAAGCAACCAUUACCUUCUAAUGGAAAAAGUGAGGGAAGGACAGUAACAUGCUGGGUUGCACCCACGCUGCCUAACCGCCUGGUGCGAAUAGAGCAGAUUAAAGAGACUUACAUCGGCUCCAUGAGCCCUGUCAUCGUGGAAAGCGAUGGCACACACUGUAGAGCCACAGGCAGUGUCGGCAGUGACAGAGGGACGCUUCAGAAGCAGAAGAGAAGAAGUCGUAGGAGGGAUGGCAGUCCUGAGACAAGGGCUAUGAACUCUAAUGGAGCUAUAGCUGUACCCCCAAACCCAUAUGCCCUAGAGUCACUAGAGCUAAAAGUGAAGGAUAGAACAUGUAAGUCUCUUGCUGACUUUAAAGAAUGUAUGCCUUCAGUUGCCACAAAAGGAGAAGUUCCUGAAGCUCAGUCAGCUCCCAGGCUCCCUCAGCCUCUUCCAACACAUAUUCCCCAAAAAUCUACUUUGACAUUGGAGUCUAAUGACCAACAAGUCAUGCCUUCUCAACACCACCAUCUUGCACACAUCGACAUCAUACAAAAGGAUGGGGAGCAGUCAGAUCUAAAGGAUCUUCCCAAAGGAAACCCUGAUACUCCAAACACCAAAUUGAUAUCCAAAACCUCCAUGCUGAAGGAACAAGCAGGUAGCAACAGUCAUGACCAGAGAAUUAUAACACCAAGACAACAUGAUUCCCAACAUGCAGGAGUGGCACAGGACCAAAUCAGAGUGGAGGUAGUAGCCAGCCCUGACGAAACGGCUGUGAAUAAUGGACAUGUUGAAGGACCUAUGAGGGCUGAGCAGCAAGGGGAGGGAAGCCCAAUCCCUUCACUAAAUAUGGCACCAGAGACAAACCAAAAGGAAGGUAAAGCUCACCAGGCCUUGCGCCGCUUCUUUUCAGCCAUGGGUCUGAGUGCAGGCGCACGACUUGGUAAGAGUCACUCCAGCAGCAUGGAACAGCUUGGCCCACCACUCAAACCCAGAGUUUCUUUAGAAAGCCCCGGCACCCCAAGUACACUAAAGAAGGCCCCGUCGCUCCAAAACCUACGCCUGGUGUCUCCCUUCUCUCAGCUGAAGAAAUCCUCCUCAGUGCAGAAUCUCCACUCGCCCAAGAAGAAACUGGAGCGCUCUACUGUAUAUACACCAGGGGAUCGGGCCUGUAGCCCUGCCCUCUCCAGGGGACUCCAGCGUGCACUAAGCAAAGAGGACGUAGGCAGCCCCAGUGCUUUGCGCUCAGUGGGUAGAGUUGCUCAGGCAUUUCCUGAUGGAACAUUUCUGUUAGAACUAAACCGGCCUCCAGACAGGCCCUUCGGCUUCCUCAUCUCCCGUGGGAAAUGCAGACCAGACUCAGGUGUGUAUGUAGAGGACAUAGGGGACAGCAGUACUAGGAAGCUGUACGCUGGAUUGCUGGGGGUGGGUGACGAGAUCCUGGAGGUGAACGGGGAGAAGGUAGCAGGGCUGAGUUUGGACUCGGUCACCCAGCUUUUGGUCCAGAGCGAUACGGCAUCCAUUCGUGUGCUACGGGAACGAACAUCUCACCGCUAACUCACCACACAGAGGAAAAUACAGAGGAUGUGGGUACUGAUCUGCUGGGCUUGAUCAUAAAAACACCUACAUUCUAACUCUGAUGACUCAUUCUGACUUGUUAUUUAUCAGUAGACAUAGCUUUACUGCUGAAGUCAUGCUUGAACCAAUGUUGUGGCUAGGCUGUGGCUUGUGCUGUUAGAAAUGACAAAGUAAGGGAUUUUUUUUAGCAGUACUAAAACACAGAUAAAGCCAUGUUCCUCCUUGCUGACUGCAUUUUGGGGAUGUGCGCAAAACCUCUGCCUCAGAUAUUCCCACACAUAUCUCUGGGACUGUAAUUUUUCUUUGUGGAUCUGCAUUUCUUUUUUAACACAGAUAUUUAUAUUGACUUUUGGAGGUUUCUUAACAUAAUUCAGGAGUUUCUUCAAAGACAAACUAUUUUACCAAAUUUUACCAAAAGAAUCUGUAUAGUUGUGCUUGGUGGGUUUCCCCUGGGUACUGGGCUGUUAAUUUCUUCAAAGGUGAUGCAGAUUUGGUUAAUUGGCAUCCCCAAAUUGCCCAUAGUGUGUGAAAAAGUGUGUGUGCUCUGUAAUGGAUUGGACCCCUGUCCAGGGUGAACCCCACCUCAUGCCCUAAGUAUCCUGGGAUAGACUCUAUAUACAGGAUGAAGCGGUGUAGACAAUGAGUGAAAUUUUUUAUAACAGUUUGCAUAACUAUGUUCCACUAAUUCAAAAGAAAGUUAUGUAUUAACUGCAGCUACUGUAGCUGACUCCUGUUACACCAAGGGGGUUUAGCUACACAUAAAUAGCGAAACAGCAAGCUAGCUCGGUAGUUAUUCAUUGCUCUACAAAAUAAAGUGUUAAAUAAAAUGAAGUAUUACCUUAGAGAAAAAGAAACCAUGUAUUGCACAGAAAAGAUUCUUGUUAAAGGAAACUUUAAGUAAAAGUAAAUCCAGGUAUUGAGCAAAAGUUAAAAGCAGAACACUAACCUGAUCUCUGUGACUCAGUAGUGGAAAAGUCAAUAUUUUUAUAACUAGCAUACUAUUAUUUACAUGGCACCGGCAUGUCCUUUAAAGUGUAAGUUCUUUCUAUGCUCAUUUUUUGGGGAGGAUUGUAUCUGAAAAUAUUUGACACAUCACAUACUGUCUGGUCACUUUCAUGAGAAAGGGGCAUGCAGUAAAGUGAGGCUGAUGUUGACUAAAUACCAUGAAACUAGGUUCCACAGAGCCAUAUAAAAUAAAAUUGAGCUUUUCAGUAGUGCAGCUGAACAAUUUGGGAGUUUAAAUAUCAUCAUUCUAACAUGCCACCUGGCAAGGAGUUUAUUUCAAGUGGUCAAUAUAUCUAAUUCUGCAGUUCCUCGGGCAUGUUGGGUGAUGGGGCUGAAAGAGUUACCCCUUUUGCCACCAAGGUGAACCAGGUGCUAGUUCAUGUCUGGUGCUAGUGCCGGUUCAAUAGCGACUAGAUUUGUUUUUCCAUGGGCUAAAGCGAUACAUAACUGUAUACGUCUGUGUACAUCUUUGCUUUCCUAGCAAUGCUAGUGGCAAUGCCGGGGCAAAAAAAAUCAAUUAAUAAAAUGCU